AUGGAAAGGCUGACUGAUGAUCCUAUCCCAAAAGACGAUAGAUGCAGCGAACAGUUUCUCGUUGAUUCAUUGAAAAGUGAUAGUGAUAGUGAUACAAGCUCUUCUCCAGUGAGCGAGGAUGAAUAUGGGUUGGAUACAGUAGAAAAGGUGGAUACCUUGAUCGGCGGUGCAAGAGUUAUAAGUAAUAAAGUGGAAAGUGCCAGCGACGAUGAACAGGGCACAAGAAAUGAGAAACUACUUCAAUCCUCGAAUGACAAUCAUCACGACAUAGAAAAGGAGCAAGCAAAUGUGAUAACCCUUGAUUCUGAUGACGAGGAUCUCGACGAGAUUAUUUCUUACUCACAUAAUGGCCAUUAUGACAGCUCUCAUAAAACUUUCUCGUUUUCCUUGCCCUUUGGUAAUACAAAUUUCAGAUCAAGCUCACCGUUAGCCAUUAUUAGAACGGUACUACCUAAAACUCCUGAUGAAUUUAUCAGAAAAAAUCUGAGAAAGAAUGAAAUUAGACAAAAACUGAAAAAAACAAAAUCUAUUUCUUCUUUAGAAGAGAUGGAGCUAUUUAAGUAUGAAAAAGGCAUUGAUAAUUCGAGGAUACGAGCCUUUAAAGAUUCAUUAGAAAUGGAUACGUUGAAGAACUCUAUUAAGCAAAUAACCGCAGAUCCAUUUGACAAAACUCAUGACGGAUACUACCGUUCACGUUUGGAAUCCAUAUGGCAUGAACUUGAAGGUGACGUUGUUGUAAUGGGCGGUUACCGUGGUAGCGUACUGAGGGACGCCAGUACUCGUAAGCGAAUUUGGAUCCCAUUGAAAGCAGGUUUAAAUAUGGCAAAAGUAGAUUUAUUAAUUGGGCCCAAUGAUGAGGAUGAAUUGAAAACUCAAAAAGAAAUCAUCCCUGAUGGAAUGGUAACACAUAUAGGACCAGUCGAUGUCUCUAAAAGAUUGAUAAAAAAACUUGAAGCAAACCCUAAUCUAAAAGUCCAGCAGUUUGGCUAUGAUUGGAGAUUAUCAUUGGAUAUUUCUGCUGAGCACUUGAGAAGUAAACUACAGAAUAUUUAUAAUGAACAAAAAUCUAAGAAGGGGGUAUAUAUCAUUGCUCAUUCAAUGGGUGGUUUGGUUGCGCAUAAAGUUUUGCAGGAUUGUACGCAUUUAAUAAGAGGCAUUAUCUACGUGGGUUCUCCAAGUCAAUGUCCCAAUAUCUUGGGCCCUAUCAGGUUUGGAGAUGAUGUGAUGUGGAACAAAACAAUCUUCAGUAAAGAAACGAAUUUUUUCAUGAGAAGCAGCUUCUAUUUUUUGCCAUUGGACGGCAGAUGUUUUGUUGACAAGACUACUUUGAAGAGAUAUGAUUUCAACUUUUUUGAUACAGAGGUCUGGAAACAGCUUGGUUUAUCGCCUUUGGUUAACGAAAAAAGAGGUAAAUUAGCCGAUGAGAAAUCAAGUCUUUUGCCCAAAAAGUCUAAAUCAUCACUCUCGCUUAGAGCCACAUUAAGCGCCACCACCAAGUUUGUAUUGAAUGCACCUGUAGUGAGAACUGUAGCGGGCAAUAACAACAGACAACCUCCAAAGGAUGUACCUUCUGAUGAGUUUUUCCAUACAUCCUACGAAGAUAGCUGUGAAUAUUUAACGAGGACUUUGGAACGUACAAAGAAUUACUUGGAUAGUUUGAAUUAUGAUCCGAGUAAGGAGUAUCCUCCUUUGGCCAUGGUUUAUGGUAACAAGGUUCCCACCGUCCGAGGCGCUAAAGUAAACGGUAUACAAGAUAUAAAAGAUGGAAAUUAUGAAGAUUUUUACUAUGGUCCUGGUGACGGUGUUGUCCAUCAUAAAUGGUUAUUACCUGAACAAAGAGGCUUUCCAGUUGUUUGUAAAAUUGCUAGUUCCACAGGUCAUGUUAGCUUGAUGACGGAUUUCAAGUCGAUGGCAAAGGCGUUUAUUUCUAUUGUUGACAGCGAGAAGGAAAAAGUAAAAGCCCAUUAA